AAGGUAACUUCUGUUUUUAUGAACAUGCAAUUAGAAGGGAACAAGAAAUCAUUACAACUUCAAAGCAUUUUAGAAACUUUCAACUGUGCUAAAACUUUGGAUAUGGACAGUUUUUCCUUUCCUCUCAUUUGAAAGGAUUUCGAGAAGAAAUAAAAUGGCAGAGGUUUAAAGUUAAUAUUCAGGAUGAAUGAUGAUAAUUCAGAUGAGAAGACAGAAGAUGAACUUCAAUCCUUACUUAUCAGUGAUAAAAAUGAAAACACAUAUGCAUACAACCAAAAAUCACACAUACAGAACUCGUCAACCAAUAAGGUAAAUUGGAAUCCUGCCAAGCCAGAUGACAUGGUGGUUGAUUAUGAAACCAGCUCUGCUGUGGACAUUGAUGAAAGUCUUGCUUUAACCCCUCAGUGUGUGGAAGUACUUGAUCAACCAAAGUCUUCAAGUCAGUUGAUUGGUAAGGAGGUGUUUGAUAUCCAUGAAGACUCUACACUUCAGUCUUGUGCACACGUUGUAAAUACAGAGGAGCCCAAAUAUCUGCGCAACAGUUGUCAUUCCCUAGAAUCAUUCCAGGACCAGAAUGCUGAGACAUCUCUGCCUUUUGUGUGGAAACCCAGCAAUGGUGAUUUGUACUAUGAGGACUCUCCUACUGCUUUGGAGCUAAACCAAACAUUUGACAUGACCGUGGAUCAUGUUAACUGCACCUUUAUAGCACAGCAUGCCAUUGAAAAGAGCCUGUCUUUGCAUACCUCUGGAAAUCUGCAGCCAACUGGCAUGGGGAGUGGAAACCCAUCUUUGUCCUGUUCCAUUCAUACAUCUUCCCAUUCUGCUAACAUGCACAUGAGAGAAACAAAUUAUGGAGAGAGCUUUGAAAACCAACAAGCCACUGCAGCAGAGGCUCAAGACACAACUUACACAGCAUUUUCUGAUGUGAUGCAAACUGAUACUGUUGUUCCAGAUACUGGCAUUCAGUGUCCAUAUUCUUCAGGACGGGUCACCAGUGACUACACAGAUGGGUCACAGCAAAGACUAGUUGCAGAAAAAGUGGUACAAGCUCAAACACCAGUUUCUGAAGGCAUGGACGUUCCCAAUGAGUCUGUAUUACAAGAAUUCUUUUGUUUAUCUAAAGAUGAACAAAAUAGUGAGACACAUUCACAGAGCUCAUAUGGGCAAAAGGAAAUGAGCCAAAAUCUAAGAGAAAAAGUGUCCAAUUGUCUUAUAGAUGAUGAAUGCCCAUCACUGGUGCCAGCUUUUGAUAAAAACGAAGCCCAAGUGCUGAACCCAGAGCACGAAGUCACUGUGGCUGAAGACCCACAAAAUGCCUCUAAUGAAAAGGAUUUAGAAACCCAAAAUCGUACCAUUGAAUUGAUACUGAGUAGCCCACCAGGACAAAAGAUGGCUUCAUCAGUUGAACUGAGUCAGGAUGCAAAUGAUAUGGUCAUUAGCACAAAUAACCCAGUUUGCAUGUCAACGCCAGUCCUAGAUUCUCCAAAUGCAACCUUUUCUAUUUCGCCUACUGAAGCAACCAAGAAAUGUAGUAAAGUGGAGAAGAGUCCUCGAGAGCUUAGAAAUUUACCAAACUUGAAGGGGGCACCUAUGAACAUGUCUAAACCUAAUUUAGGAAAAUUGACAACUAAAAUGAACACCCCUAUCGGCAGCAAAGUUAGAAAAACCGAAAUUAUAAGUUACCCAAGACCAAACUUCAAGAAUGUCAAAGCAAAAGUUGUGUCUAGACCGGUGUUGCCAUCCAAAGACCCUGCUUUAUCAAAGGUCACGCUCAGACCUCCCUUAACCAGUGCCUCAUCACCUGCCUCAUCAGGGUCUUCCUCAAGACAGCCGACAGCUUUGAACAAAGCACCAAGGUCUGACUUGAAUGUAGAUACAAAAGCAGAAAUCCUAAUUAACAAGACGCAUAAGCAGCAAUUUAAUAAACUCAUUACUAGCCAGGCUGUGCAUGUUACAACUCAUUCUAAAAAUGCUUCACACAGGGUUCCAAGAACAACAUCUGCCAUGAAAUCGAAUCAGGAAGACCUUGACAAAGCAAGUUCUAAUUCAGCAUGUGAGACUGGGUCCGUGGCGACCUUCUUCCAGAAGAUCAGAGACCUACUCCCUGUUAAAAUGGAAAGCACAGAGUGUUUGGAAAUAACAUAUGCUUCCAGCAUGGAUAGGAUUAGCCCUGAAAAGAAGGGUGAAAAAGAAAAUGGGACACCUACGGAAAAACAAGAGCUAAAGAAGGAAAUUUUGAAUGAGACCUUUGAAUAUGGUUCUCUUUUCUUGGGUUCUCCUUCAAAAUCUGCGGCUGCAUCAUCUAAGCCUGACUCCUCCAAUCUGAGGAAAACACCUGGUUCAAAAGCCAAAGUAGGGCCCUCUGUUUCCUGUUUGAGGCGGAAUAGUGACAGUAGAAACCUCAAUUCUGAUCGGGCCUUAUCUCCGCAGAGGAUCCGGCGCGUGUCCAGUUCUGGAAAACCUACAUCCUUGAAAAAUGCACAGCCGUCUCGGGUGAAUUUGCCUAGACCACUUCCUAAAUCCAAAGCAUCUUUGAAAAGUUCUGCACUGAGGAGGACGGGAAGCACCUCCUCUCUUACCAGCACCCACAGUGAUCUGAGUACUUACAGCAAUAAUUCUGGAAAUGCCGCUGUCCUCAAGUAUGAGGAAAAAACUCCCAAACCAGCAUUUCAGAAUGGUUCCUCAGGAUCCUUAUAUUUGAAGCCUUUGGUAUCCAGAGCUCAUGCACACUUACUAAAAACUCCUCCAAAAGGUCCCUCAAGAAAAAACCUAUUUACCGCUUUUAAUGUGGUUGAAAAGGGCAGGCAAAAGAAUCCCAGAAGUUUGUGUAUCCAGACACAGACAUCUCCAGAUGUGCUCUCCUCUGAAAAAACGCUUGAGUUGGCUCAAUAUAAAACAAAAUGUGAAAACCAAAGUGGAUUUAUCCUACAGCUCAAGCAGCUUCUUUCCUGUGGUAAUACCAAGUUUGAAGCAUUAACAGUUGUGAUUCAGCAUCUACUCUCUGAGCGGGAGGAAGCACUCAAACAACACAAAACCCUAUCUCAAGAACUUGUUAACCUUCGAGGAGAGCUAGUCACUGCUUCAUCGACCUGUGAGAAAUUAGAAAAAGCGAGGAAUGAGUUGCAAAUAGCUUAUGAAGGGUUCGUCCAGAAGCUAAACCAGCAGCACCAGACUGAUCUAUCAGAGCUAGAGAAUCGGCUUAAAGAAUUUUACACUGGGGAGUGUGAAAAGUUCCAGAAUAUUUACAUUGAAGAAGCAGAGAAGUAUAAAACUCAGUUGCAAGAGCAGUUUGACAAUUUAAAUGCUGCCCAUGAAACCUCUAAGUUGGAAAUUGAAGCCAGCCACUCAGAGAAAAUCGAAUUGCUAAAGAAAGCCUAUGAAACCUCCCUUUCAGAAAUCAAGAAAAGCCAUGAAGUGGAAAAGAAAUCACUUGAGGAUAUGCUUCACGAGAAGCAGGAAUCAUUGGAGAAACAAAUCAAUGAUCUGAAGAGUGAAAAUGAUGCUUUAAAUGAAAAGUUGAAAUCAGAAGAACAAAAAAGAAUAUCGAGAGAGAAAGCAAAUUUAAAGAACCCUCAGCUCAUGUACCUGGAGCAGGAGUUAGAGAGCCUGAAGGCCGUGUUGGAGAUCAAGAACGAGAAACUCCAUCAGCAAGACAUCAAGUUAAUGAAAAUGGAGAAACUGGUGGACAAUAACACAGCCUUGGUUGACAAACUGAAGCGAUUUCAGCAGGAGAAUGAGGAAUUGAAAGCUCGCAUGGACAAGCACAUGGCGAUUUCCAGGCAACUUUCCACCGAGCAGGCUGUCCUUCAGGAGUCACUGGAGAAGGAGUCCAAGGUCAACAAGAGACUGUCCAUGGAGAACGAGGAGCUGCUGUGGAAGUUGCACAACGGGGACUUGUGCAGCCCCAAGAGGUCCCCCACUUCUGCUGCUGUCCCCUUCCAGUCACCGAGGAACUCCGGCUCCUUCCCCAGCCCCAGCAUCUCACCCAGAUGACGCUUUCUGGAAGCUGGGAGACUGUCCAAAAGCUUUUGUACAGGUCUGCGGGACUGACCCUAACCACGCUCAUGGGAGCGAGCACUACGGUAGUGGACGCGUGCUGACCACUCUGGAACUAGAGAGUCGCCACCCCCGAGGCUCCUUAGGAGACUGGAACUCUGGAGAAAGACUUGGACCCCGUCCCAGAGCCUCCCCCCAAAGAUCUCAGAAUGGAUCUACAUGGACGCUGUUGCACAAAGCACUUCAAGAACAAGAGGGUCUUGUUCAUUGCCUUUUUCACCUAAGCAUAAGGGGAAAAAAACUCUCAGGGGCCUGUUAAGAUAAAGAUUUAUAACCUUUAUAAUGUUCUUCACCACAGACACCUUCUUGUGAUUUUUGUUUUGGUCUGACUGGGGAUGUGUGAAUGAAAUGGGUGCACAGAGUGUCAUGUGUCCGACGCUGCCUCCUUUGCUCUGAAUUGAAAGUCCAAUGCUGUGUAAAUCUGGGUAUGUACUAAUCUAAUAACAGUCAGUGUAUGCAUUUCUGCAAAAGCCAUAGGAGGAGGAACGAUAGUCGCUUGAAUUAAAAUUCUCUACCACCAUCUUGGCUCAGCCCUUGACGGUGGGGAGUGGUAAUGACAGGAAAAGCUUUGGCUCGUCCAUGUCUAUCCAGCUCUGUAUCCUUCUGGAGUAACUUGUUGGCAGGCUUUCGGUGCUUGGUAAUGUCAGCUGAAACUAGUUAGAUUUUUAAUGUCCCCACGUGAACCUAACAUGAUACUACAAUCUAUUUUCUCAGGCUAUGCGCAAAUAGAGAACCCUAAUUUUUCUAAAAAUCUGUAUAAAGCAAAAGGGCAGUACUGGUUGAUUUACUUCUGCCUUACUUUUACUUUGAUCUAAGCUAUUCCCACGGGUUGAAACUAUCUGCCCUCCCAUGAUCCUCACUUCCCCCCCUUCCUCUUCUCCC